AACGAUGUCGCGGUCUUUCUUGGAUGCAUCUGUUCCCGAUCUUGUCAAUAAGCUUAGUUUGGACGAGAAAAUAUCUCUGCUUGCGGGCCCGAACUGGUGGAAUACUUCCGCCAUCGAACGCCUGGAGAUUCCGGCGGUCAGGAUGAGCGAUGGACCGAACGGCGUUCGUGGGUCGUCUCAUUUUCUUCCUACUCCAGCGCAUUGUUUGCCCUGCGCAACGUCGCUAGCUGCCACGUUCGAUGAGCAGCUUAUUCGUGAAGCCGGCGAGUUUCUCGCAGAAGAAACCAAGAUAAAAUCUUCCGUCAUCCUUCUCGCUCCCACUUGCAACAUUCAACGUUCUCCGCUCGGAGGGCGCGCGUUUGAGUCGUUCUCGGAGGACCCUCACCUAUCCGGUACUCUGGCCGCUGCAUAUGUCGCCGGUCUUCAGUCCAAAGGCGUCGCCGCUACCAUAAAGCACUUCGUUGGAAACGAUCAAGAGCACGAACGGACUGCUGCCAACUCCGCCGUAUCCGACCGCGCCCUUAGAGAGAUAUACCUAUAUCCGUUCCUGCUUGCUCAGAAGAUCGCGAAGCCGUGGGCUUUCAUGACUUCUUAUGGAAGGAUUGGUGGCGUCCACUGCUCAGAGAACCCAGACUUGCUUCAGAGGAUCCUUCGGGACGAGUGGAACUUCGAUGGAAUAGUAAUUAGCGAUUGGCACGGUACCUACGGCACUGCAGAAGCUCUCAAUGCAGGCCUCGACCUCGAGAUGCCGGGACCUCCUCGCUGGAGGACCUCGAAUCUCAUCUACCACACCCUGUCAUCGCAGAAACUCCUUCGUACCACCAUCGAUGAUCGCGUCACCGCCAUUCUCACUUUCGUGCAAAAAGUCGCCCGGAAAAAUCCAGAUAUCGUCUAUGGCGAUGGCGUCGAGCGUUCGCGCGAUUCUCCCGAGAUACGUGCGUUUUGCAGGCGUCUAGCUGCCAGUGGUGUUGUCCUCUUGAAAAACCAGAACGCCGUACUCCCCCUCACGCAGAGGAGAAUCAAGAGGAUCGCAGUUAUCGGCCCGAACGCUCGCGCUCGGGUUAUUUCCGGAGGAGGUUCUGCCGCUCUCAAACCGAAAUACGUCGUCACUCCAUGGGAAGGAAUAAAGCAGGCUGCUCCUGAGAGUGUCGAGAUCAAGUUCGAGCUCGGGUGUUAUGCCCACAAAUAUUUACCGACGCUCGAGAACCAGUUGACGACACCGGACGGGAAGCCCGGCUGGCUCUGCACCUUCUACACGCAGGAUGAGGAAGGUCACCCAGACCGUGCAGUUGCCAGCUUCGUCGUUGAAGACACUCGCAUCAAGUUGAACGACUUUUUGCCCGAAGGGAUGACUCCCGAGUGGACGAUCAAGCUCAGUGGAAGGCUUCUUGUUGAAGAAAGCGGCCCCUUUGACUUGGGACUCACCGUCGCAGGCCGGGCUAAACUGUGGAUCAACGAUAAACUUACUAUCGACAACUGGACGAGACAGACGCCAGGGGAUUUCUUCUACGGUCAGGGCACUAUCGAAGAAAAGGCAGUAGUUGAUCUCAUCGGCGGAGAGACAGUCGAGGUCCUGGUCGAGUACACCAACACGUCUCCGCCGGAUAGCGAAGGCGAUAGAGAUCUUUCACAACCCGCGUUGAUGCGUGGUGUCCGUUUAGGUGGUGCGGCGAAGAUAGACCCCGAUAAGGCCAUCGAGGACGCCGUUAGACUCGCGUCUCAAUCCGACGCGGUGAUAGUUGUUGCGGGUCUGACGCCGGAAUGGGAGAGUGAAGGCUUUGAUCGACCUUCCCUCGACCUUCCUGGCCGUCAAGACGAGCUGAUCAUGAGAGUUGGAAGAGUUAAUGCUAGUACCAUCGUUGUCGUGCAGUCUGGCUCUGCUGUCGCAAUGCCCUGGAUACACAGAGUCUCGGCGAUCGUUCAAGCAUGGUACCAGGGAAACGAAGUCGGCAAUGCCAUCGCAGACGUCCUCUUUGGCAAAGUCAACCCAUCUGGUCGACUGCCUCUCACUUUCCCCGUUCGCAUAGAAGACAUUCCGGCCUAUCCGAAUCUCCAAAGCGAGGCGGGCGAAAUCCAUUACAGGGAAGAUCUCUUUGUAGGAUAUAAGUACUAUCAGUCAAGGAAGGUGCAUCCACUGUUCCCUUUCGGUCAUGGCCUCUCAUACACGUCAUUUGAGUUCACGGACCUCACCAUUUCUGAACCCUCAUCUGAUGAUGUUGGAUUCGAGGUUCACAUUUCGCUAUCGGUCCGGAAUGUUGGUCCUGUCAUUGGCUCUGAGGUUGUCCAGUUAUAUGUGUCCUACCCACCUACAGGUAAUAUCAUCCCACAUCGGCAACUCAGAGGGUUUGUUAAGGUGCAUGAUCUUCAUCCGGGAGAGUCACAAGAGGCCGUCAUUGCCCUUGAUCGCUAUGCUUUCUCCUUUUGGGAUGCGGGAAAGGGGGUAUGGACUGUUGGCUCUGGUACCUAUGGCAUCUCUGUUGGAAACAGCAGUGACAGUCUGCCUUUGGAAGGAGAGGUGGUCAUGAAGAGAGGCCUGCAGUGGACAGGAGUUUAGAUAAUUUUUGUCUCUGUAGUGAGGAUUGUUUCUGUGCUGUGCUGGUGUUUUGUGUCUUUCUUACAAUAUAUAUAUAUAUACAUAGC